GGAAGCGUUGCCGAUGGAGGCGUACUUCUCGGCGGCGGAGCUCGCGCGCAUUGCCGGGUACGGCGAGGAGCCGGUGUCGUCGGUGUCCGUGUCCGGGCAACUCACCUGCGAGCUCUGCCUCCGCCCCGGCUCCCCCCUCCUCGCCUUGGAGAUGGCAGGUGCUAAGGUAGCAGUGACCUGCGACUGCGAGAGCCAGCAUCCCAUUCCCAGCGACGAACCGGACAGCCUCGCGCUGGUGGCCGCGACGACGGACGAGUCCGGCAACUUCACCAUCGACCUCCCCGCGCGGCUCCACGCCACGCCGGACCUGGAGAAGGCCUGCGCCGUCAAGGUGCUCCGGCUGCCGGCGGGCUCCGGCUCCUGCCGCCUCCGCCACCGCGCCGGCGACGCCUACCGCCUCAGGCUGGCGUCCGCGGAGGACGGCGCCCGGGCCUACACUGCCGGGGUGAUACGGCUUCGGGACGGCGACACGCCGUCCGACCGUUGCGUGGGUGCGCGCGGAGGACCACGUGUCUCUGGGAGAAGGUGAACGCCUGAACGGUUGGAACUGGUACGCCGUGAGGAGGUGGGAAUGGAUACCGGGGUGGUGGUACUGGUAGCAGUAAUACGCCGGACGAACGAAGAGUUCGCGCGCGCUUGUGUAGUUUUGAUUUUGAAGGGCCUCUCGUAUAGCAGGAAUGAAUCAGGCAUGCAUGUGUAAACAAAUGUAGGCCAGAAGUAUGUGUAUAGUUCUUUGUAACGAUAAAUGUCAAUGCACCAAACAAUUUU